AUGUCUGGCAAGGACUCGCCACAAGUUGGACCUACGCAAUGCGUGGGACCCGACUACCGCGCCGAGAGUCAGAAGCCGAUUGCUACGGUCUCGACUGAGGUGCAAUUUGAUAAUGUCAUCACUCUCCCGCAGACACCACAGCUCAUAGCACUGCUCACGAUGAUCCGAUCCAAGAAUACGGAGCGCGCAGACUUCAUCUUCUACUCGAACCGUAUCAUUCGUCUGCUCGUUGAGGAGGGUCUCAAUCAUCUGCCCGUGGUUGAACAGACGGUGACCACACCGGUUGGACGGACGUAUGCAGGACUCAUGUUCCAGGGCAAGAUUUGCGGUGUGUCUAUUAUGCGUGCGGGCGAGGCCAUGGAGCAGGGCCUGAGGGAUUGCUGUCGAUCCGUAAGGAUUGGUAAAAUCCUCAUUCAGAGAGACGAGGAAACUUCUCUGCCUAAGCUCUUUUACGACAAGCUACCAGAGGAUAUUGCCGACAGAUGGGUUCUACUCCUCGAUCCCAUGUUCGCCACGGGCGGCUCUGCAAUAAUGGCUGUAGAUGUUCUGAAGUCUCGGGGCGUCCCAGAGGAGAGAAUUCUGUUCCUGAACCUGAUUGCCAGCCCCCAGGGCAUCAAGAACUUCGCCACCAAGUUCCCCAAACUCAGGGUUGUUACAGCCUUUGUUGACCAGAAACUUGACGAAAAGAACUACAUCGUCCCCGGUCUUGGGGAUUUCGGCGAUAGGUACUACACCAUGUAA